GGUCAUCGUCGGAACGUGCGAUAACUCAUGCUUCGGGGGACUAGCAGACGAAACUUGGGCACAGCGCAAAUUGGUUUACAUUCAUGAAUAAAGAAUCGCGGAAUAAAAGGCCCUCGACUGAUAUGAAUACUCACUUCUUUGCAUGAGAUUCAAAAUGCGUCUAAAGAUGUUUGUUUUAACUACCGUUUUGUUACCGAUGGUAAUAUCAACGAGAGAUGUUAAAACUCGGAAGAAACGAUCAGUAAAUUCCUACGCCGUUAAAGGAUGCUAUUCCUCAUUUCCCGGCGCAGGUCCGACAAGACGGAUGGGGGGUCACAACUCCAACGUAAAGUGUCAAGAAACGUGCAGAGAUAAGGGUUAUGUAUUGACGGCGACGAAGGGGGACCAAUGUCAGUGUGGAGAUGUUUAUCCCACAGGGAAUAAAGUAAACGACAGUCAAUGCACCAGCAGAUGUCGAUCGUGGUCGUCCUGUCAUGGACCUCAAAGCUGCUGCGGUGGACCCAGUGCUUAUUCUGUGAGCGUCGUUGGCGACAUUGAUGUCGCGAAACAAAUACUUCGUAGACUAAGUCACGAGUGGCAGACAAACGCUGGAUACAGGAAUUACAUGAAAUCCCUUCUUAAACCAAUUGUGGGAAGCCACAACGCAAACUGGUGGAAAUCGUUCGACCGUAAAGGCUGGUCACUGUGUGGACAUGGUAGGUACAUGGCGGGGAUGUAUAGAAACAGAAAGCAUGAAAAGGAUCCGAUUUACCUCCUCGAAGAAGCAAAGUGUGUAGACGCACCUGGCUACCUGUAUUCAUCACCAGCCGAUCAGGUUUGCUACAACCACAACUGGUGGAAAAGUUUCGAUCGCAAAGGUUGGUCUACCUGCGAUAACGGCAGCUACAUGACCGGGCUCUUUAGAACGUCGGGAAAUGACUUAUACAAUAUCGAACAGGCCAAAUGCUGCCGACCAAAGUCCCAGGCGAAAAGCUGGGGGGAUUGUUACAAUAAAGAUGUCAAGAAAUUAUUCCAUGACCAAGGAUGGAGCACGUGCAAACCAGGAUACUACAUGGCGGGGUUAUACAGGAGCUCAUGUAACAAAUUAUUUUGCCUGGAAAAGUUUAAAUGCUGCAAAAUGGGAAAUUACAGUGGAGAUCCGUGGAUGAAUAAACCAGAUUUUGUGAUAAAAGUUAAAGAUACUUCCGGACAGCUUAAACAGUGCUCAAUGAAUGCGAUGGAUAAAUCUGCGGAUAACAACACAUACAAAUGCAAAAGUAUUUCCGAUCGCUCCAACAUGUUGGCGCUCAAUGCUUUAAAAUUCAACAUCGAAGAUAAAUCGUCACUGAACGUCGCCAAACCUGAACCAGUCAAAGGUUUCCGUCCUGUCAUAUGCUCCGCUUAUUCCAAUUCAUACAAGUGCACCAAAUGGCUUACGACAUCGAUCACAACUUCAUCCACCUUCAAGAUUGGUUCAGGAUUCUCUUUAGCGGUAAAAGUUGGGUUAUCUACAGAAGUGAGUUCAGGACUACUUGGUGCAGGAGCGAAAAGCACCUUCACAACUGACGUCACGUCCACAUCUUCUUUUAAUGUCGAAUCCAGUACGACGAAAACGUACACGACAACGGAUAAGACGGAUAUUUCCGUUAAAGUACCGAAAGACACUGAAAUCACCAUCAACCUUCUGAGAACUGUCCAGGACUUGGAGUACAAAUGGAAAGCAAUCUUCGAGUUGUUGGGAAAAUACUCUGCGAAAUGGAGCAAUGGUCGUGAAAUCUUCCAAGAUGUGACGACGGUGCUGUCUGGGUCGAAGAGAGAAUUGUUCGCAUUUGGCAGUUGGAGUUACCCAGGUACAGAUGUCUUGAGAGUGGUGAUCACUGACAAGUAUGGAAACAAGAAAUCUGAGGGAUGUGAGCAUGAGCCAGGAAAAGCAAAGAGCUGUAAUAUGUAAGGAGGACCCAUACAUGAAGUUUUUGCGAACUUUACAACAUUUAGCAAAACUAUUAAUUGAGUUAUUUCAUUUACGCUGAGGCGGUUUUUUUUUCAAAACAUUAGAACUAGAAUUGGGAAUAAAUAGGGUGUCCUAAAAAACGCUAGAUUAACAGAUUAUCCAUAAUUGCAUGCAUCUACUUAGUCUGACAGUAUCAUCGUUCAGUAAUAAAAAAAUCCUAUGUCCCACUCAAUGCAUGUAAGUGGAUUUUCUUGAUGCAGGUGUAUUAAGACUAGCGUUUUCUGGGAAAAACUGUAGCUGUAAUUAGAAUAGAAUUAGAAUAGGGAAUCAGCCUGUUCA